CCGUACCUUAUGAAAACGAUUGUUAGCUUUCGGCUAGCAGAUGUGUUGACAUUGAGAACGAUAACACUCACCUGUUUCUGUGCCUAAGGUCCUCAUCAUGGUGUCAGCAAAGCGUCUGGCUGACAUCAGCUACCGGGCUUUUUCUACCUCGAUGAUGCUGCUGACGGUGUAUGGAGGCUACCUGUGUGCGAUGCGAGGAUAUCGCUAUUGGCAGAGGCAAAAACAUCUGAAAAUGGCUGCGGAGAACCAGGAUCCUGAAAUCAUAAAAGACUGACAUCUUUUUUUUUUUUGCACAUAUGUGGACGUUUCUCAUUCCUCCUAACGUUUUGUCCAUCUCUACAUUGUAAAAAAUGUCAAAUCCUUCCUGGAUCUUUGGGUGACAUCCUGAAGGUUACGAACAAAAUAAAUUUGUAUUUAAAAAACACAUCUGAACAAAUUAAUUCAAAACGUUAUUUGCAUCGGCAGCCUGACACCGAUCCAUAUUGAAUGUUU